AUGCCCAAUCUUCCCAACUCGCAGUAUGCAUGUAAGCGAUUGAUGCCUCGUUAUCAUAUGCAACGUCUGUACAAGGAGCUGAGGUAUGAAGGCAAUCAUGGCACACACGCGCAUUUACGCAUCACGCCCGCAGAUGUGGGUAAGUGGUACAAUCCAUUGGAUCUGUUCAGUGCGGACGCCAAGCGAAUAGAGAAGGCCGUGCAAGCCCUCACUGCAGAUUGGACACAUGAUGCGGGACACAUGCGCGUGUUUAUUGACGGCAAAUGCGUGACCUACACUCAAGCAAAAAAGCAUGUACCACAUAUUGACACCGACGAAGGGCUUCGCAUGUUUGCGCGACGGGUAACCAAUACCUUGAUGGAGAGUGAAAACCAAGCAUUACUGACGGAAUUGAAAUGGCAGCAAGAGCGCCUGGACCCCUACGAUAUCGAAGGUAUUGCAGCAAUAUGGCGCCAUGUCACGGGCACGGAUCUGGCCACGGUGCCACUCAACGUGCUUCCCAAGGUGGCCUUGUCAGACUACAUGUGGAUUGCUUUGCACGCCGUACCAAGUGUCAUAUUGCCUAGAUCCAGCUCCGGGGAUGCCGAGGUGGGUGAUGCGAAUGCUACGGAACAUCGCAUGAUAUGCGAGCCAAGAACGCUUCGAUAUGUACUAGCAGCAUAUCUGCUAGCAGCUACACUCAAAGACGUGACACUCUUUGUUCCUUUGAAACCGAAUGCAGCGAGUCGGCGACCAGUAUCAGUGGUUGACUUGGAUGCCAAACGCGUAUCUAAGCUUCAGCGCCACGUGAAACAGGACAAUGCUGUGGCCGUGCUAGCGACCCAAUGGCUCCAAAAGGCUGACAUGUGCGCGCCACGGAAUGAUGCUUAA